UAUUUGGUGGAAUAACCAUGAGGGUUUCAGUGGGAUUCAGUGCAGUGGUCUCUUAAUUUUUCCAGAGUUGUAUGUAGUUGAUUGUUACUUUUCUAAUGAGUGAACUUGGAAAACUAUGACUUAGACAUUGGAGGUAAUGGUAACUGAUGACUAAACACAAUCAGCACUGUGGGUUUUUGCUCAAGGAAAACUUCUGCCAGUGUCUUUAUUAGCACUUAAAACAUAGCAGUGUUUACCCCUAAUGACUCAUGGAGCAGAACUUUAUUCUUGUCAGACUCCUUUCCAAACCUUUUCCUCUCAUGAAAGGAAUAUCUGUUGAACGCCUCGAGGGAAUUUAUUCUGAUUUGUCCGCUUUCUCUGCAACUCGAGGAUCAACAGAUUAGAUUUCUCUGGUCAAAGGUCUAGGUCAGUGUGACCGCACGUCCAUCCCUUUCUGCUGGAUGUAAUAUUUCAGGAAUGCGUUGAGGGAUUUUAAUUACUACUGGCGCAGGGAUUUGCUUGGAUUGGAUAAUUUAGUUUAUGAUCAGGGUCUUUUAUUGCCACAUUAUUUAUAAGGAUACAGCAACACUCUGCAAAGCUCUUAAAUAACUAAGAAGAAAUAAUUCCUGGUAGCUUUUUUUAAAAAAAAAAAAUUCUACGAACAAAUAGUUCUAGUUUGGUUAUUUGCCACUUCUGUAAGGCUGGGUCGGUUCAAACCUGAGAAGUUUCAACAUUUAUGAAUACCUCAUUACUGGGAAGAGUGGGUUGUGAUGUAAAAUUAAAAUGCCAAGUAGUCCUCUCCUACUACAAUACUGCAAGCAUUGAAAUUGCAAUGACAAUUUUAAUUCAGUACGUAGUGCAGUUUUAGUUUGCAAAUAAUUUUUUCCCCAGAAGUGUAAAUCAUCAAUCCUUAUACCUUAAAACUGCAGAAUAGUGGUGAAAAAUAUGUGAGUCUGUUAAUAAACGUAGUUUCUCAUUACUCACACUGUUGCUGCAGUCUUCACCUCACCUGGUCUUUGUCCUCCUCCAAGCACAUUGGAAGCAGGCUCUGCAGGACGUUCUGCAUGGAUAAGUGGCUGUAGACGAUGGAGGGAUGAAUACCAGAAAAUGAAGAAAUUUAAAGGAAUCCGUAUUAGCUUGAUCCAUUGUGAUGGCGUCAACAACCAGAGCUACUUCUGCGAGUAUGGACACUGCUGCGGAGAGUCCCAGUGUUGCAGUUACUACUAUGAGCUCUGGUGGUUUUGGUUGGUGUGGGCAAUCAUCUUUAUUUUGUGCUUCUGCUGCAUUUGCCACCAUCGGCGCACAAAACACCGAAUGCAGCAGCAACAACGGCAGCACGAGAUCAACCUCAUCGCCUACCGUGAAGCACACAACUACCCCUCCGUUCCCUUUUACUUCCGAUUUUUACCAAACUAUCUCCUUCCUGACUAUGAAGAGGUUGUCAACCGACCUCCGACCCCUCCACCUCCUUACACCGCCCUAAACUUAAACUCCUCCUCAGUGGCUUCUGUUGCCAUGGCUCCUGAGCAGCAGGCGGGACACUGUCCAUCCACCCAGUCCUCUCCUGCGCCCCCGGUCUCUGACAGUCUCUGCAGUAGACCUGCAACAGAGGAAGCGCAGCCUCCUUCCUUUGACUUUAGGCCGAAGCCCGACAAUAAACCCCAUCAAACGGCCCAAGACUCCAGCAUUAUUCUUCUAUCAGAUGGGCUGAAUGUGGAGAUGCUGGGCAGCCAGGAGAAAAAAAGUGGAAGUGAGGAUGACUCCUGCAAGGAUCCCCUGCUCAAGGACCUGUCGCUGUCAGAGGGUUAUAGUGAGGAUAAAGAGCGCCUCCCCAACGGGAGGAGGCGGCGAUUCACCGGGGACUCUGGGAUUGAGGUGUGUGUGUGCGGCACACGCGGAGGCGGCGGUUGUGGUGGAGCUGGCGGGACGGGCCAGGAGCAGGAGAGUCUGCUGGGGCGCGGCGUGGAUGACGGUAACGAGGAAGAGGAUGCGGGUGACUUCUGUGACAGUUGCGGUCAUCGAGCCUCCCUGAGUUUAGAGGAGGAGCAGGCGCUGGGCGGGCCGGAGAGGAGGGCCGGGCGAGGGCCCCCGCUGACGUCUCCGAAUGCAGGCGGCAGCUCACUCGGUCCCCCCGCGUGCCUUCUCCUCCACACCAUCAGCGAACAGGACGGCCCGGCUCACAGCCCGGAUCCGCAGGGAUGAAACGCUAAGAGGUGUCAACGGCACCUUCGGAUUGCUUUACGAAAUGAGCCCGUCUUAAAAUAACCAGAUGAGGGAGCAGCAAAAUGAUUCGAAUGCAAAGGUGGAGACACCUUGCUCUUCCCCAUACUAGUCCCAGUGGCCUUAACCAGUGUAACAUGGGUUGUGUAGGGGCAGUGCAAGCCCCUUCAACAGCCUGCAGCAAGCGAGAGCUCUCCUCUCUGCAGUCAUCCUUCUCCUUCAACCCAAAGCACUGACUUGGCAAUGAUUUCAGUGGGAAGAUGAGGACAGGAACUCUUCAGUUGCAGGAAAUCUGUAGAGCUGCAGCUCAUUACAUGGUGGUGUAACAUGCACAGCGGGAAAAACCUUGAAUGAACUGGUGCGUUCAUAAGGAUACUGCAACUUCUACGACAGGAGCAGACUGCACGGCGUCCCAGUAGUCGUGCUUCUAAAGUGCUUUUUCAGCAACUGUAAACCACUCUGCCUUCUGUUGGUGUUGCUCUAUCAGCCUUACAAGCGAUACGGUAGUGUCUGUGUUAUGAAGAAAAAACAAUAGAUAAAGCGUGAACACUUCCAGUUUUGCACAGUUUCUCUAAAAGUGAAAACAUUUUGCAAAGUAAAACAAACCCCACCGUUUUAAGGCUGAGUUUUUACUUAAUGUAGUCUUGCAUGGUUUGUGAUUAGUUUCCAUUCCAACAUGUUUAAAUGGAUAGGUGUGUGUGUGUCAGUACAGUAGGAAAUGUAACAUUUACUUGGAAUGUGAUCAUUUCAGCCUAACUUAGCUGAAUGUAUGUAGUUGGUGCCUAACAGAACUCGGUGUGAAAGUUCGAGGAACAAUAAGCUUUAGUGAAACUGACGAACCCUGAAAAAGCAGGUACUCAUAUCAAGAAUGUCGAGCUUCAGAGAGAUUAAAACUGAAAUGACAACAAGCAAACCUCAAGAUUACUUUUGUAAGUCACUUCAACAGAUUACCAGCCCUGGCAGCUCUUAAACAAAAAAUGAAUCCCUCGUUAGAAACAUCGAGAACUAUCUUAAUAUUUGGUGUUGAAUCUAUGGUGCAACUUCUAGUCUGAUGUCAUUAAAUUUGUCAGUAACAUUAUUAUUUAGAACAAAAAUUAUGUCCUAGUCUGUUGUUUUUUUUUUUUUUUUAUGUUUUGCAUUUGCACUCUGCAGUAAAAGAAAACGAUCUGAACUUUUAUGUAUGUUAAAAUAGGGCUGGAUAAACCAAUUAAAACCUGGUUGUGUGGGUUCUCCUUAUAUAAAAUCCACUCAAAAGUAUUCAGACCCUGGAAUUUCUUUUUUUUUUCACUUUACAAAAAACUUUGGAUUUAGGUCUGGGCUUUAAUUUCUUACUGGACAAAAGCAUCCCCUCAGCAUGAUGCCCAGUAGGUUUCACUUUGGUCACCUCAGAGCACCAUCUAAGCAGAACUUCUUGUGAUUGUGAGCCCAGAUUUUUAUUUGUAAAACUUAUUAUUUUCCGCCCGCUUCACAAUCACAAAAUUCCAGUGAAAUUCACACAAAUUUAUGGUUGUAAUGUGAAAGGUUCCAGGGUUGUUUCUGUAGUUCCACGACAAUGACAUUCCACACUUUUCGUCCUCCAAGUCCUAUUAUUGACAAUGUUGCUAAUAUUUGUUGAAACCUUCGCAAACAGAGUUGUUUCACCAAGGAUUCAGUUCAUUAUUUUGUUCAACUGCCCAUUUCCAUAGAGACCACAAUAAAUUGUAAUAUGUUUUGUAAGACUUUCCUUCCUACAACUGCAUCAAAACACAAAGUUCAAUCUCUGCGAAGCACAGACAUUUUAACAAUUGGUCAGACAAAUUUAUUUUGGUAUAUAUAUAUGUAUAUGUAUACUGAAAGCAUCUUGCAGGAAGUUAUUUCCCCCACAUUCUUCAGCACGGGGUUACAGUGCAAUGCGAAACCUUCUUGUAUUACCAGUAAGCUGAUUGACCUUUAUGCGUCGCGACGUGGACACACUUUUAAGUGCUUUACAUAUUAGCGUAUGUUGUGAGCUACAGAUGAAGAAGUAUUGUGUACUUUUGUCUUAUUAAAAAGAGCUAUUUUCAUAUCUGCCUGUUCAUUUAAGUGUAAUAGAGAGAAAAUCCUAAAACCCCUUUAUAUUUGCAAAUUGUGUACAAUCACCUGUAGCGAGUUGGAGAACCAUAUAGUUGCUUUAUAAUGUUUUCUAAAAAUCUUUAGCUUUAUUUUCAUGGACAGAUUUUAUUAUUAAGGCUAACAUUGGGUUCUUCUAGAAAAUCUCCCUGCAUUGCAAGGUUGUGUGUUGGACUAACAACAAGUAUUUGUUCAGAGAUCAGGGCAGUGUUGCCAAAGAUGGUUUUCUGACUUAAGUGUGUGUUUUGCACAUAUUCUGUGAAUGUUCUGAUCAUAAGCCAUUUAUUUCAGCAACUAAGAUGAAUGUAUGUUCAAUAAAUAUACAAAAUUUACAAACA